UUAAACCAUUUACAGCUUUUAAUUUGGCUUCAAAGUAUUUUUAGAAGAGCAAAAUGUACUUAUUUGACGAAUCUGCCGCUGUUUUUCUGUGCUGAAGCCGUUUUUGUUCGAUAAGUCGCCAUUUUGUUUUUAUCAUGUACGUUUGGUGUUUCGGUUCCUGAAGGUGACUUGUGGUCCGUGUUUUCCCUCCGCCCCAUGAGCUCGCAGGGAGCAGUGGGGAAAACAAACAGCUCGAACGGAGGAAGGUUGGUAGCCGGUUGGAUGUGGAGGUUGUGUAUCGGCGAAUGAGUCGUUAUCAUGUCGUUGGUUUCAGUCGGGUGCUAAAUCAAAGUUCUUCACUUUGCGGUGUGUUUAAGUUCGGUGCACUCAGGACGUCGUUCGGUGUUUUUCUCUAAUUUUUUUUCUCUCUGAGUAUGUUGCCGCUUUCUAACAUUUUGACGGGGCUUUUGCAGCGCGUAGUCUACCCGCUGCGGUUUUGUGUUUUUCACGACGCUGUCCAUCGGUUGUAAUUCGACAUUUGAUGAUUUAAACUCGCCGGGUCGCCGUCUCUGAAUACAGCGACAUUUUCACAGACAUGCAUACGAGGCGCCUGGUGAAGCGGUCCAUCCUCGGGAGCCGCGUUUAUGCGCCGAGUCCGACUGGGGACGGUGCUCCAGUGACAGGAGUGGUCCAGGCUGUCAAGCAGGAAAACAGGGACGCCUCAGCCGCAGGCACCCGCCGCAGCGUUUACACCGUGCUCAUGCAAGACGGCAGCCUCAAGGAGUUCACCGAGGAGGAGAUAGCCGCCGGCUCCAACCACUCUGCAGCCAAAGGACUGCUUAAGUCCAGCCUUAAGCAGAGCUUCAGUAAUGGAGCUCCAGACAGCCAUAAGUUGGAGGGCGGCUGCCUGAGCCCAGAGGCGGCGGAGGAGCAGCGGUUUGCGGAUGGCAAGCGUGUUAGCCGUGACCCCGAUACCCGAUCAGUGUCGCUGCUUGAGCAGAAGCGCAAAGUAGUCUCCUCCAGCAUUGAUGUCCCACAUGCCAGACGGUCAGAGGAGGAAGUGGAUAUGGACAAGGUGACGGCUGCCAUGGUCCUGACAAGUCUUUCCACCAGCCCACUAGUUAGGAGUCCACCUGUCAAAGUCUGUGAGGGUCUGAGUGGCUCAUGGAAGGACAACGGCUCAGCUGGACCAUUCACCCCAUCUAGUAACAGCUCCUCAGGGGGCUACUGGAGCUGGUCUGCUCCCAGUGACCAGUCAAAUCCAUCCACACCUUCCCCGCCACUGUCUGCCGACAGCUUCAAGCCCUUCCGUGUACCCAGCCUGGGUGGAGCAGGAUCCGGCCCUGCAGGACCUGAGGACCCCAGUCUAGAUGAUCAGGAUGGCAGCAGCCUGCUCUUUGAUGAGCCCAUUCCUCGCAAGCGCAAGAACUCCAUGAAGGUGAUGUUCAAGUGCCUGUGGAAGAAUUGUGGAAAGGUGCUGAGUACCACUGCAGGCAUUCAGAGACACAUUCGCACCAUCCACCUGGGGCGUAACUGUGACUCAGACUGCAGCGACGGCGAGGAGGACUUCUACUACACGGAGAUCAAGCUCAAUACAGACUCUGUGGCUGAUGGCCUGAGCAGCCUGUCGCCUGUGUCGCCAUCCGUCCUCUCUCCUCCUCCUCCUCCCCCAUCACCACUCCCUGCUCUCAGCCAGCCACCAGACUCCCAACGACCCCUGCAGCCCUCUGACACCAAGGAGCCCAACGCUGGUGGCACCACCCCGCUUAGCCGCUCCGCGCCCAGCGCUCUCUACCUCAUCCAUACAGACCACGCCUACCAGGCCACCGCUCCAGUGUCCAUCCCAUCCAGCAACAGUAACUCGGCCUCCACCAGCUUCACUCCCACCAACAGCUCCAGCUUCAGCAUCUCCUGGCAGUCGCCUCCCGUCACUUUCACCGGGAGCACGGUGUCGCCCAGUAAAAGCCAAGGAUUCGGUGAACAGCGGUCCCAGACCAUCGCUGUGCUUUCAUCCCCUCCAAGAGCCACCGCCGCCCUCAGUCGGAAAGUGCGUGGUGAGGGGAAGAAGUGUCGUAAGGUGUACGGGAUGGAGAACCGCGACAUGUGGUGCACCGCCUGCCGCUGGAAAAAAGCCUGUCAGAGAUUCACUGACUGAUCAUCACACGACGAACGCAACACUGCACCGACAGGCGCAGCAGUUGUUGGCCAGAGAAAGAAGGGAGGGGGUGUCAUUUUGCAUGCAUUUGGUUUUCUUCAGUUCAAAAUCUCAACUAUCCGUCAAGCUCUGUCCCCCCCCCCACACCACCCCCACCACCUUCAUUGCCACUGAAUCAUUCUGGCUGUGGAAGCAAGAAAAGGACGGCAGUUUUAUUUUUGUUUUUUGUUUUUUUGGGGUUUUUUUUUUUUUUUUUUGUUUGUCCUUUUUCCACGUUGCCGUCCAGGAUUCCUUAUACUGCCUCACUCUUCCCCUCGUUCCCAAGCGUGGGAAACCCCAGUGCAGCUAAACGAUGUAAAAAGUAGAUCUAAAGAUUUCUGCAUUUUUUUUUCUUGUUUCUUUUUUUAUAUUGGGUUCAGUGUUGCAUCUUUCUAUGUUUUGUACAGCUCUGGUUUUUAAAUGGAAAGUCUUGUCAAAGAAGGGGCCCAGAAAAAAAAGAGGCCAAAAGCUUUUUUUUGUGUGUGUGUGUGUGUGUGUGUGUUUUGUCAAAAGAUUAAAAAGAAUUUUUUUUUUUCCAAAAGAAGAAUGGGCCUGUUUGGUGAAGAACGUUACAAGAAAACAUGGAGGUGAAGCUUGUGGUUUUUGUUUUCCCUUCAACCUGCUCAUGUGUUUAUUUUAUUUCUGGAUGUUUUGAGGUGAUCUUUUAUCACCGGCAUCACAGCCUCUCCCGUUCUCUCAGCGCUGCUUGCGGCCCCUGAGGGAAUAUUAGGACUGUCUGAUGGGCGGGAACAAGAGGGAAGAGAAAGAGACACGAGGUGAAUGAUCAAUGCAAAGAAAAAAAAAUAAGAGAGAAGAUCCAAUUUACAGUCAGGGAAAGCAGAUGGAGCGUACCACAUAAAACCACAGCAGCAUUCACACUAACACAAGUAAUCCCACGCAAUCAAGCAGAGGAUUACGUCACUUUUUUAUCCAGCUGAUUCAGUUCUUUCAUCAGGGAUGUGAUUUUAAAGAAAGCAAAAACCAGCAGUUUAACUUGGGGGUUUUUACGAUAUGCAGCACUAUCUCAGCAGCUUCUUUCUUUCACUACUCAUGACUUUGCAACCAAAAACUCAUUUUUCUCUAUAUUGUUCUUUACGAUUUUGGUUUUUUUUGUCAAGGUGCCAUGUUUGUUGAUUUGUUUUUUCUUCUUGUUUUGGAUGAGUCUGUUUACCAACCUGCUACAAAAAAAGUGUGUGUUAAAAGACCUUCCUGACAGCACUGGAAGUCAGCAGCAUGUGGCGCCAUAAUAAGAUUAACAUCUUCUCAUCAGAAACAGAGACAAAUAGCCCUCCUCCUCCAAUAAUUUUUUAUAUUUUCAAAGGGAACAAGAACAAAAAAACUGUUUACAGAUGCCACAAAGGCGCUCCCUCUAUCUGUUAACCAAAGGGGGGGAGGGCUCAAAACCAAAAGUGUUGCACUUGCACUGUAUUGGUGGUUGAUUUUAUAAAGCUGAAAUGGUUUCUGUGUACCACUCUGUGUGCUCUAUUUCCAAUUUAACUGGCUACUACAAAAAAGUAACAGCAAAAACAAAAAAAAACAACAACAAAUGUAGCUACAUCUCUUCUUGAAGUAAUCUUUUUUUAUUUUUUUUUUAGAGAAGUAUGGUUGAGAAAGCUUGUAUGUGCUUGAUUAGGUCCCCUUUUUGUUCAAUAUGCACAGCACAGAACCGUCCCUUGGCAACAUGCGAGCAAAGCUUCGGCUCGAGCUUUCCUAAAAGGUUCUUGUGAAAAUUAUAAAUGAAGUUUUCCCUUUUUUUUUCAUUUGAAUGUGUUUAUUUGAACUCCAGUCUUCUUAUUUGCUCAAAGGCAGAGAAAACAAAAUCACAAGGCUUCAAAGUUUACACAUGUGGACCAACUCUUUUGUCAGCUGCAGAUGUUAACUGCUUUAUUCUGCAUCACAUAAAUUCGUCUAGACAGAAGCGUCCACCCGCAGGUUGCCUUGUCUUUUUUUUUCCUGGCUAACUCUUCAUUGUGUGACGGUUGUUUAAAUGCAUGCUGUAAUCUUGGUUGGCAUUUCCAUCGUGCACACAAAAGCAGUCCGAAUUAACCAACACCAGCUGAUAAACUCACAUGUUCGCCCAUUUUAACAUACAGUACUUCCACAUCUGCAAAGCGUAGCUCUUACAUUUGUUUGUCCCUGUAAACAUGGAGUUAUUGUUUCUUCUCUAAGUCGUCUGCCAGCUCAUGAACAAGACAUGUUUGUGUUUGAUGUUGGGAGGAAACCAUGUUCUGUUCAAGCUGUCCGGCUUCUGUUGUUCUGAACAUAGAGAUAGCCUUAAAGUCAGAUCAUUGUGCUUCUUCUGUCUUUGAUGUUUAAGUAAGAAAUAUUUAGAUUAUCUCAAAACUCAUUUGCCCUUGUACAAUGUGAACAUAUUACUGUUAAAAAAAAGGACAAAUCUAUAUACGUAAAGAAAAAGAGAAACAUUUAAAUUCAAAGCAAAAAGUAGACGAUUAGUUUUUUUUCUUUUAUUUUUCAUAUGUAUACACAUUUAUAUAUAUAUAUAUAUAUACACACACACACACACACAUAUAUAUAGCUAUAUAUGCUGUUUAUUAUUUUUAUUUUCAUGUUCUGCUGAGGGAGAUGUAAAUGGUUGCAUCUAACAGGAGGAAACCUCCGGGAUAAUUGUCAUUACUAACUCAGCUUGUUCUUUGAGUGGGACCUGCACACUCCCACCUGAGGCUUCUCCAUGUCACCUUCCCCCCACUGCCAGCGUCGUUUAGGGCUAUGAAGGUACAUCUGAUUUAUCUUUUACACCGAGCCUUAUUUCCACUGCUUCUCUGCCAGUGUCACACAAGCCCACCUGCAAUUAGUUUGAUUGACAUCUCAGCACGCCGUGCGUGCGGGAAUGUGGAGGAGCCUCCGGGUGAGACGUGUGGGCCGCUCAUCCCCUCUUCCGAGCAUCCCUGUUGUUACUUCCAAGGAGUUUACACACCUUUAUCAAAUGACCUGAGGUGUCUGUGUGUCAGGUUGGAUCUGCUCUGAAGCUCCUGAUGAACCAUGAAUGAUUUAGUGGUAAAGACCUCAGCAGCUGGAUGUGACUUUUUCUUUGUUUGUUUGUUUUUUUAAUUUCAUGCACCUCCCACUACUCCCUCUUCAUGUCUGUGGUGCUUUAUGUUCUCUCCGACUGGUGUUUGGAAAAAAUCUGGCAUUAGAGGCAGACAGGGUUCUGUCCAGAAACAAGUCCUGUCGGUCCUCAGAGGUGCUGACAGACCUGGAUAAAUAAAGUCGGCAGCAUUUCCUGGCAGCUAGUUUUACAUUAAGUUAUUUCUGGAUGUUUUUUUUUUUUCAGAUAUCAGAUAUGAUCAGAUAAAGUUAAAAUAAGCUAAUCCAAAUUCACUCAAUGAUAUUUGCUGCCAUGUUUUUUUCAGAUUUGUCCAGGAAUUCCAGGAUUUGUUUGUGGACUGGCCCCUCCUUGGUGCCAUUCACUAACAGUGGUACCAAAGAUGGCGCUAAUAUAACGGUGCUUUCUGAGACACUCGGCCCAGGUCAGCGUUCUGGUGCUGCGGCCUUGGCGGAGGGAGAAACGAAGGUGCUAACAAAUACCCACACAGUGCUGUUUCUCCCACGAGUCCUCUGAUCAUACAUUCAUUUUUGUACACGUUGUUUUGUUGUGGAACAUGAAAAUAAAAAACACCAUGCCUCAAGUCUACCAAGUGUCCGGACACAAGUCAGUGAGCGACUCACCUGAAGCUUCGUCUUUCUAUGUUUCUUUUCUUUAUCAUUAUCGGUGGUUUAGUUUGGUGACUUUCAUUGUUGGAGUGGUUCAGAGCAAAUCUGAUUAAAUUUAUACCUGCAGAAGAUAAAAUGAGCUUAGUUUCUGUUAGAUGCUGAUUUAAUACUUUCAGUCCAAGCAAGAAAAUUAGACUUCAGUUUGGAAUAAAAAAAGUUGAUUCGCUUGUUUUCCUUGAACCUUUGAUCCGUGACAUUCAGCCUUCAUAAGCAGAUUGAGACACAUCAGUUAUUAAUGAGCCAUUAACUUGAUAACGGUUGUUAUUAUUUAAUAACAUCCGUUCAGUCAUAGUCUGCAGGAAUAUUAGCACCAAAAUAUUCCUUAAGCUGUAAAAUGUGAAAUUCUGCAGACUGAUUCUUGAUGAGACCUAAAAGCCCAGCUAAUGGUGAAUUCUUGGACCUGAUGUUAAAACGUGAAAAAGAUGGUGUUGCGGUUUAUUCAUUUUUGCCAAUAUGUUUCCUAAAAUAGCAUAUUUGUACAAGGAUUUAAAAGAAUGGAAAUGGAGCCUCUGUGACAUGAUGACUCCAUCUUCUACAUCAUGUUUAAUAAAAAAAAAAAAAAUUAAAUUAGCGCUAAAAUAUCCAAUUCUAUCAGUAUUAUUAAUUUGUGCAUAUAUGUAUAUAUGUGUGUGUGCACAAUAAACUUCAAGUUGAAUAAAAAAUGAAGGUAGCUUAACAUGGAUCCGCCGAAGUUGGAAGUUCCUUUCUGGCACUUGUGAUGAAAACCAUGUGAUUCAGGCAAAAGCUCCAGAGGGAGUACAAUGAUCUUUAUUUAACAUAAAGAAAAAUGUACAUCUGAAGUUUAAGACAGGCCUCCCCUGGGAGGCUCAGGAUGGAGGUGAGAAAACAUUACAUUUGUUAUCAAAAGAGUCAAAUCUUUAUGUGGUUGAAGAACUGAGACAAAGUCAGCUACUUAUAAAAACCUUAGAACAGACUAUUUAUGUAUUUGCUGUAGUUUGGGUAUGUGAUCAAACAGUUUAUGGGAAUAAACUAUUUAAUUAUAAUCCUAAAGACCUCUAGAAGUUUAUCAUCCUCAGACUGAAAAUCCCUGAUGUAUCUAUAACAGAAAUUUUCUUUCAAGGUUUUAAUUAUUUAACCAUCAGAUGAACAUGUUGCAAAGAUUUUGGAGAUAUUGGAUAAUUUACUUUGUUUUGAAGACAAUCUGAAAGAUUGUGAUGCUCAUUAAUUUGCCCUGAAACUGACAUGCGGAUGAUGCCUAACAUGCCUCAUGGCAGCAUCCUCCUGAUCAUAUCACCUUCCUCAUUUCCAUUAAACUGAUCUCUCAGCCCUGAAACCUUGUUGAUGAAGCGAUCAGCUAAACAAAAGCCCAGAAACCAGCUUCUGUGUGCACAACAAAAUCAAACCUGUGCCAUCGAAUAGCCACAAUGGACGGUCCAGAUGCUCCAGAUAGCGAUAGGAUAGCUUAUGAGGAUUCUUUUCCUUUUUUUUCCCCCGCAAAUGGAGCGUAUGGUGUGUUUGCACCUCUGCUGCCUUUUAAAGGAUUGAGCUGUGAUUUAUGUGCUGAAUAAAACAAGAUUGCAUUAUUCUGCUUGUGGAUGAUAUAAAAAUAAUCUCUGCUGAAUUAUGAUGGACUCUCUGUGUGUAUGUCCAGUGUAGUUGCUGGGUAGUGAUGGCUUUAAUCAUAGUUCAUGUUGACAGGUUUAUAAGGAUUCCCGGUUUAUGUACCCGAUCCUCACUGAGAUCAAUACUUCAUACAUGACAAGACUUGUAUGUGACAAGAGGCUGAUACCAGAUAUACCUACUACCAUCCAUGUAUAGGUCAAUAUAUGCUACAAUAUAUACAGAUUAAGCUGCAGUACAGUAUAUCUAAGCUACAGUAUCAGUGUAUCAAUAUAUUGAUGUGUUAUGACUUUGUACUCACAAAAUUCCUGCCUAUGUUGGGUUUUAUUCACACUUGUCUGCAAAGUGAUGGGUUGUGCCUUUAGUCAGGAGGCUCCCCCUCGGCUCUAUAGCUGCAGAUUAGCUUGCCACCCCCUCCCAGGAGGCUAUAAAACACGAGGGACUGUUCUGCAGAUGCACCGCCCAACAGCUAACAGCAGGUGGCGCUCUGUGGCAUCUGUGGUCAUGUGACAAUAGCAGGAAAUGUCUACAGUGGUCAUGGCAUUUGCUUUGCAUGACCUUAAAUUGAGUUGAACGAGAUGUUUCUGCAUCUUUGCUCCUUAUGGCAGUGCAAGUGUUGUCAAUGAGAAGAGGAGGGGCUCUCCCUUUGUCCUUCAUUCAUUCAUUCAGGAAUGUGAACAAGGAGGGGGGGCGGGGAUGAAAUGGCUGCUGCAAACACACUGAGACACGUUUUGUUUCUCUAUUGUUUUUUAAUAUUAACAUUAAUGACUAAACAGGAGUUCUUUGUGUGUUUUCAGAAUCUGCUUCACCCUGGUUUUGUUAGGAGGAGUCUUGAAUGUGCCUUGACGAGCGUGGAGUUUCACCACGUUGUGUGUAGAAACUCUGAGUGUGUGUGGCUGUGACACACACAGACAGAUAUUGACGACGGUAGAAUGUUUCUGGUGCUGGCUGGUCUGAGUUCUCCUUUCUGUAUCUAAAAGUCAAAGAUUUGUGAUACAAAGAAGUGUCUUGUGAGUUGCGUUCAGAGGCCCCUUUGGCCCCUUCUGUGUUCCAGAAAGAUGUUGCAAGAUCUUAAAGAGUGACUUUUCUACUCUUUGCUGUAACUUGUAAACAAUUUUUUAAAUCCAAAAUUAUAAUGAAACUGUGUUUCAAUGUGUUCGUGUUUGUCUGUUUGAUUUUUUUUUUCCUUUCUCUUUGUUUUCCCAAACAAAACUCCUCUCUUCCCUUCUUACAAGGGCUUGUAGAUAAGUGUGUAUCGCCGUGAAGAAUUGCUGUUGUGGUGCAAUCUAGAAAUGUUUGGGAAAUCAAAGGAAAUUUCUAAAGAAAACAGCUUGUAAAACAGUGAGUGAGAUGAUCCAUUAUUAGCGUGGAGCUGCUAAGUGGUUUCCACAGAAACCUGAACAGGCCUCACUUACUUUCUGUGUGAAAGUGGGUGAAUAUUAAUGUGUUUUAAAAGGCAGAUGAAAAACACUGAGUUCUGUCAUUAGUUUUAAUCACUCAGUAUUAAUUGGCUCAACACUCAUUAUUUCAGGGGGAUUUGUGCCACAGCUCCUUUAGUUUUAACUUAAAUAUGCAACAGAGAGCGGCGACUCGCCCUCUCUUUAAACCGGAUCAUCUCAUUGGCUGUUUUCUUUGAUUACAAUCAUGUAGACCUCAAGAACUCAAUGACUGUCGCACUGGAUUUUUACACUUUUUUCAAGCAGGAUAUAAAUACUUCUCUGGUCUUAACUGUAUUUUUAAUGCUGCAUGUGCAUGCAAAUAAGGAAUUUAUUGACUUUAUAUAAAUGUGCUCUAUUUGUGCCGGGCCACAUUAAGGGUUGAGAGCAGCCGGUGUUGCUUCAGUAUAUUAUUAUUAUUUGGCUUUAGCCGCACAUUGUGCUCCAGUUUUUACAGAUUGGUAUAAGAGAAGCACCCCCUUUCCCUGUAUUUUCUAGUCUAAACAAGCAGUUUGUAAGUACUUGCGAUUCCCUGCAGGCACACACCCAUUUGUUAUAUUCGUGUUGUGUUUUUAGCAGUUUGCUGGACUUGGGAGGAAGCUGUGCAGGAAACCCUGCAUAUAAAGUGUGCAUAGUUAUUUAUUUCUAACUAAGAAUGCACAGAGAUCCAGUGUAACCAGAUGAAUUGGACAUGUUGCAUUAAGAGAAAAGAUGAGCUAGAAGCAAAAUGUUUCAAUGUGGUCACAAUGACAUAGAUUUGACUCCUCUCUCUGAUCCUGAUUUUCUGUCUGGAAUAUCAUUGUGAAAGGAAGUGAAUCAAUAAAUUUAUGGCAUUUUUUUUGCAGAUAAAACACCACCCAUAAACUGCUAGAACGGGUUAUGUGUUUAUUGUAUGUUAUCAUUGGGAUGCUGCAGGAUUAAAAGAUGGAUUGUGACUUCUGAGGAGCAGAAAUGUGCACAGUUUGACUCUAAACAGUUGUGGGUAAAGCCAAUUCAAAUGUAUGACUGACACGAAGGGUCCUGCUGCUUUGUUCACUGUCUCUGUAGAACAAAAUCAAUAAGCCGGACGUUUUCUGUGACUCAUACAUCCUGUGAGUUUGAAAGAAGACAGAAAAGAGGAAACUAUGGAAUAAUAGUGGUGGAACACAAAAUUAAUCUAUAAAAGAAUGGAUGAGGAAACAUAAGGAUGAUUUAAUUAAACAAUGGGUGUGGAAAAUUAAAAGAAUAUAAAGGAAAUUAGCUUUUGCCGUUAGUUUUCUGACUUACCUUUUCUAUAUAGCUUUCUCUUAUUGCAAUUACUAAAUUAUUUAUGUGCCAACUUUUGUUUGUUGGUUUAAUUUGCUUGUCUCAUUACUUUUGCCUUUGUUAUUUGUCACAUUGUUUCACAGAUGCUAAAUGUGACACUGUUACCAAGGCAAGAAGUUUUUUCUUUUCUCUAAUUAGAUUUUUUCUGUGAUUAGGAACACACAGAGUAGGCAAAUAGCAAAAGUAAAUCCUAAAAGGGAAAGUCUAAAUAUGUAGACAAGUAAGAUGGAAUCCAUUCACACAUCGGUUCAACCAGCAGACAUGUGAACACCAGGUCUGAACAGGCUCUAGGUAUCGAUGCUGUGCUGCAUUAUCUCCAUUCUGGUCCUGUAAUGGCUGCAGAUCUGGUCAGGUUAAAGGUUUUGACUUAAAACGUUUACUCACUUUUGGUCAACACCUGACCACUUUCUUUGGUGGCCUGAAUUGGAGCCAAGAUGGUUCAUUUUCAGCACUUAACCAGCAAAUUGUGGCUACUUUGGAAAUUUAAUCCAAUGAAAUGAAAUGAAAACCUUUUAAAACAUCUUUAAUAACAUCUUUAAUGUUGCUUACGCCACAUCCAGUGUGACAGCUGGAUGGAGGGUUGUUGCUCUUUUGUGCUCAUUUUAAACACUCCCCUGAAUCCUUCGACUGCACUUAAACAUUUAAAACAAGCAGUGUUUCCUGCGUGUGCACAGAGCCUUUGUUUGGCGGUGGCUGCUCUCCACCCUCAUGUGGUCGGCACAGUAUGUUGCGUUUUUUUUUUUUUUUUUUUUUAAACCCUUUUAAAGCCCCUAAACGUAAAUGUUUGAAAUGUGUCUCCAGACUGUAAACUAAGUUGUAUGUAACAUGUUUUCACUCUCCAAAUCUGCUCAGUGCAUUAGGUGGCCCGGAUGGAUCAUAAAAUGUCAAACUCUACCUUAUCUGAUAUUGAACAGGGAUGGAAGAUGGCUGGCGGGGAGAAUUAUUUCUGUGCUGAAGUGCUCAGGAUGCCAUUGUCUUGAACAUGGUCAGCUUUAGGAUUUGUUGUAAAAAAAGAAAAGGAGAUCUUUUUUUAAAGCUUGGUAACAGUAUUUCCUUUCUUGCACAGAACUAGUGAGAACAUUAACAUGUUAACAUGUUACGUUCCUUAAGAAAGCAGAUACACAAAAUGUUAAACCACUAUUUAAUGUGUAGAUGAUGCCCAGGAGGACGGAUUGAAACACAUACACAUCUGUAAAUCUGUAAAUUCUGUACCUUUUCCCUCCACUCUUAAACCUGAGCAUUACUUAUUUCUCAGUUUUUAUUCUGAAACAACAACCCCGCAUGAGUGUUUCAUCUCAUUCACUUUCAGCUCCAAUAAGAAAACAUGUCUCUGCAAGCCUUUCCUUGCAGCUCUGCUCUUUUUAUAUACUGAUGUGGUUUAAAAGAAAAGACCUGCAGGAUGAUCUUUAGUGUGGGCCCUUUUGCUUUGGGGUCAUCAGGAGUAAGCGUGUAUUUUCAUGGAGACAGCUCUCAUAAUUUCACAGUGAUGGGGUGAUAUAUUAGGGGAAUUAGGUCAGACUGUUUAGGGAGCUGUUCCCAAUCCGCCUUUUAAGCAACUGCAACAUUUAUGUGAGUCUGCAUCGUCAUGUAUCAAGUAGGAUUAAUUAAGCAACAAUAUGCAAAUAAACAUGACAGCUGCAGACAUUUGUCGCCCAUCUUUUGGGCAGGACUUCUUCCAUUGCACUCAUAAAUAUCUUAAUAUUACACACUUUAAACUCCUUCACACAGACACGAAGGCACAUUAGGUCAUGCCAUCAAGGCAGUUUGUGCCCUUGCUGCCUGACAUAUGUCCCUGUUGCUUCAGGUCUCAUCCUGUGAUGUUGAGGAAGCUACUCAUGUCUGAUAAAUUAAAAAAAAAAAAAAAAAGCCAUAGAGCUGUAAGCAUCAGCAUGUGUCUGUGUGUUUGCAAAGUGAGACGAUAGUGUGUUUCCAGUGACCGCCCGAGGUACAUCCCAUCUGCUCGAUGUAGCAUUUACACCUCCUCCUGUUUGUCUAUGUGUUUGUGUUGGGAACAAAAAGGCUUGCUGUGAGUCUGUGUUUAUGCAUAUGUGUGUACCUCAACUCCCUCAAAGCCAUUCCUGCAGCCAUAGAUGCACGAUUCAAUCCGCAAGCUGUCAUACCUCAUGCAUUAUCAACUAGCAUAUCGACAUAGCAUAAUGACCCACCCCUCCUGCUGCUUUUUACACCAGCGUAUGUGAUUCAUUAUUAUUAACAUGGUCAGCUGUAGAGCAUUUCUCUCCAUUUGAUGACCACAAAGUAAUCAGGAUGAUUCCACAUGUAUGAUGCUAAGGUCACAUAGCAUCUGCUUUCAGCUCUGUGGCAUUUUACACAACACCGUAACUGUGGUGAAGCUUUUCCAGGCCGCAGUCGCUUGCUGUGCACUUGUCACAUUGAUCCUGAAGCCAAAAACAUCUGAGCAGCAGGUUGAGGUGACGAGGAAUCAAGGCCUCAGCGAGUCAAGCACACAAGGUGUUUGGCGCAUUAAUAGCAAGGAGUCAGUUCUUACCUAAGUUGUUGAUCAGGGUGAUGAUAAAUAGAAUAUGCACAGUGGUUUUUUCUGCUACCAUAGAUGGUUGGAACUGCUGCUGCAUUAUAAAUCAGUCACUGAGUAUGACGAAGUACAUUCAAUGCAUCAGGUUGGUGGGAAAGAAGAAAGAGAAUCAAGCAAUACAGCUAAGUCAAAACUAACUCAUCCCCCUAACAUCAUGUGUUAAGGGCGGGUGGGAGGAAGACAUAAGAACUGUUUGUGGAAAAAUAUACUGUUGCAUGAUCCUUGUAUUUUGUCUCUACAACAGAGGAAGUCAGGAAUGACUCCCUGUCUUUUCAAAGAUGGAUAACUGGGUGGUAAUUGUCAUGCUAAACCUAUUAGCCAGUUAGCUUCGCUCAGUAAAUAGAAUUUGGUUACAAAACUGUCAACAAAAUCAACCUUCCAGCAUCUCUAAACUUGACUGUUUUUGUCAUUUGUUUUUCUUGCCAAGACGAGAAGAAAAUGAUUGAUAAUUAUUCUUCUGUCUGUAAAUAUGAUGAUGUAGCUGUUAGCCAGUGAGCUUAAUAGUUGGGAUUUCAAAUGUGGUCACAAAGCUCAGCUCAGUUGCAGAACAUCAGUGGGGCGGCUGAGAUGGAUCCAUUUCUGUUCGGUAAAUGUUAAGCUGCUGUUAGCGGCUAGUAGGUUAGACUCCAGGCCCUGUUUUUUCCUCAUAUCCCAUAUUUUUGGUAUCUUUAUUGCAAAGUUCUCACCUCCUAGCAUUUUGGGUUCCUGGGGUCUGAUGUCCCAGAGAGCCUAUUUCUCCAAGAGUCUGUUCUGGGAGUCCUAUUACUGCAGGUUGCUAAGGUCUGAAUUCAUCUGGGUCUUUAUAUUCCCAGGGUGCAAUGUUUCUAGGGUCCUAUGUGUCCAUAUUCUAAUGAGCUCAAAGUCCAAUAUACCUAAAGUCCUAUGCUUUCAGGUUCCUACCUUCCCAGAUCUUUAUAUGCCCUGUCUUCUUUUUGUCCCAUUAAGGAAAACUCUUAGGGUCCCAGAGUCUGAUGUUGCUUAGUUCCACACAUGAAUUCACCCAAGCUUCUUUUCCCAAAGUCCUGUGUUGCCCUGCUCUGAGGGUGGUAGUACUUGUUGGAGAUUAGAUUGGAUAUUGAAUAGUAGAAAUACAAUGUGUGGAUGAGCAUGUACCACAAGGUUUAAUGAACUGUGUGUAGUACAUGGGAUAUUAGGAGGAAGAGACUUCAUCUGGAAUUCUGGGUGUACAAUCCACAUAAGCAAUGCAGUUUCUUUUGAGUUUCUUUGUUUUGUUUUUGCUUGGAAGUUUGUUCAAAGGAGUUAUUUCGGUGGAAAACUACUGCACUGAGGAAUUUGAGUUAGUUAUGUGUUAAUAUAGCUGUUAUGGAGACUUUUAAAAAUUAUAUUUGUCAAAUAUCUUAACUUCAAAAGGGGCAAAUUUAACCCCCCAAUAGUUGGUUUAUAGAUAUUAAAUAGCUUCCCUUUGUUUUACCAAGGGGAAAAGAUCUGGCACACCAGAAUCCAAAUAACAUAUUGCUUUUUUAUCGUUUGGCUUGUGUUUAUUAAUCAAGAUUUACUAAUCAGUGAAUUUUAGAGAUGCUGAUAGGUUAGAAACAAUUCACACUCUUCAUGCUGAGCUUGUCUAGCUUUGUAUGUUUUGCAUGAGUGUGCCAUCAAUCAUCUCUUCCAUUCAGAGUAUUUACAAAAAAUAUUAAACUAUUGAUCCCAAAUAGUUAUUUGGGAUUGUUGCGGGUUUGUUUUUUUUAGCCUAUUGGACCUCACAUUCACUCCAAGCCAUGUCUGAACUGAAUGUUCCCUUUCUGCACAUUUAGAACGGCCUGCUUCUCCAUAUUACACUAACAGUAGUCAGUGUCACACACGCUGAGCCUCUAGGAAAUACUUUAUUAACUCAACAUACAAAACACUUGCAAUAUACCGUAUGUAUCCGUUCUCUGGCAAAAUGUAUAAUCUAUUGCACCAAUGAUGUUUUCUAUAAUUCUUUUCACAGUGUUAUCAAAUGAAUUUUAUCAACUUUAAGAUGAUUUUUCUCACGAGGAAAGUCACACUGACUGUUAACUGUAAUGUUUUUUUCUUUUUCUUUUCCUCUGAUCUGUGUGUGGGUAGAAACUGCCAUUGUUCUUGUUGUAAAUGGUGUUUACUGACUAUUUGCGUUCUGGUGCUGUUGUUGUUUGACUCUGUGUACAGUUUUCUGCAGAGUGAUCUGUGUUACUAGAAAAUUCUGCAGCAUCUGAUUAUAACGGAAUAAAGACUUUUUGGCAGCUGUUUGUUAA